AUGAGUAGGAAGAGAUCAAAAAUGUCUUCCAGUGGCACUCUCAGUAACUGCUAUGUGGACGCUAUUAUGGGCCAGGAGCCGGAGGAUGUGUACGGUGCUCGCUUUAUUCAGGCUCCACACACGGUGACCCCGAGGCCGUCAGGUGCUGGGGACAACGCAGACUUCGCCUCUUGCAAUUUUGCACCAAAGUCCGCCGUUUUCUCGUCGUCGUGGUCCUCGGUUCACCCGCAGGGGAUUUAUCAUCCGUACGUGCACCACCACCACCACCACUCCCACCACCACCAGUCCCAUCUGCCCGCCUCGGACGGCAGAUAUGUCGGCGUCCGCUCCUGGAUGGACCCCAUCUCCAACCACGUUUCGUUCGCCGGAUUUCACUCGGGCUCCGGUCGGCCGUACGGGGCGAAACCCGAGGUGCUGCCGCCGAAAGCUACUGAGUGCGACGCGUCGGAGGCAGAGGCUCGGCCGCUCGCCGGCGAGUUCGCGUGUGGAGUAUCGGAGUGUCCAGAAAAGGCGAGCAAAGAGCACAGUGGAAGUGAGCUUUCGAGCCACAGCGAGCCCAAAGAGGAGAAACAACAACAACUUGACCCAAACAACCCUGCAGCAAACUGGAUUCAUGCACGCUCAACGAGAAAGAAGCGAUGCCCCUACACUAAAUAUCAGACUUUAGAGCUGGAGAAGGAGUUCCUCUACAACAUGUAUUUGACAAGAGACCGACGCUACGAGGUGGCCCGCAUACUCAGUUUAACCGAGAGACAAGUGAAGAUCUGGUUCCAGAACAGGAGGAUGAAAAUGAAGAAGAUGAACAGAGAGAGGAGCAGCAAGGAGCAGCUAUAGAGUUCAGUGCUGCUGCCAUUUCACACGUUUUGAUCUUUGUACCAACGAAGCCAUCUGGACAAUUACAUUUACUUUGGUAGGAACCUCGGUAUCCAGUUUUUUUUUUUGUUAUUUUAUUUUUUAUUAUUUUAUUUUAAUUGUUUUUGAAAUCCUAAGUAGUAAAUAUUGAGAGUCAGUGCCGUAACGUAUUGACCAAAAGGGCAUCACGUGCAGGAAUCUGUUCUUACAGGAUCUGUCAGACAUGAUAUUUUCUGUUUUACACUUUCACACAAUCAACGAACUGUAUUCAUUCGCUUUCUCGAAUUUGUUUAAACGCCCUCCCUCCCUCCGUCCCUGCCACAGUAGGAAACCCUGCUCGUGUGUAUUGCUUUUAUAGUUGUUAAGAACCCGGAAUUUGUAUGUAAAACAUUUUCACAAGACAGCCGUGCACAUGCUGCUGUCAGUAAAAGCCGUGCACACUUUAACUUGCUGUAAUUGUUGACCGUGCAGGUGUAGCUAUAAUCACGCCCGUGAUGCCUUCUCAAAAAAAAAAAACCCAAAAAACCCCAAAACAACAAUUGAAGGGAGGGAAAGCAAAUUCUCAAUUUAAUCUUAAACAUCGAUAAACAUAUUAACAUUAUUUCCUUUAAUUAACAACAUCUGGCCACUCUGUCUGCAUGCUGCUGGUAUAUUCUGGGCUGUUUUUGUAUUUGAGUUCUUUAAAUCGGAAUGAUUCCCUGAGGCCUUGUUUGCACAAAGACUGCUGGAAUAAAUGUCCCGCAGGUAAAUUAAAAAACACAAAAUUUUAACCCGACAGAGUCAUUUCCAAACAGUCUAAUUUUCUUAUUUGCAGCUCUUUUUUUAAACGCUAACUGAGGUUACUUACUGUAUGUUAGAUUUCGCUUUUUAAAACAUUGGAUUUGAAUGGUUAGAACAAGUAAUAAAGUGUUUACGACUGGAAGAGGUGUUGCGGCGGAUUUCCAAUUUAUUGUCCAACUUGUACGAAUAAUUGCUUUAAAGCAGGAAGA